UGGGUCGACGGGUCUAGACCAGGAUCUGGCCACCGUCUGGAUGUUUACAUUGCAGGAUUCUUCCCGUAUGGUGAGGGCGUAGAGAAUAGCGACACGGGCCGUGGCGUGAUGCCAAGUGUGAAGCUAGCUUUAGAUCACGUAAACGAGCACUCGACCAUACUGAGAAACUAUCGUUUGCACAUGUGGUGGAACGACACGGAGUGCAAUGCGGCCGUAGGGGUUAAAUCGUUUUUCGACAUGAUGCACUCCGGUCCGCAUAAAUUGAUGCUGUUCGGUGCAGCCUGUACUCACGUAACGGAUCCCAUAGCGAAAGCCAGCAAACAUUGGCACCUGACACAGCUAUCGUAUGCGGAUACCCAUCCCAUGUUUACCAAGGACUCGUUUCCGAACUUUUUUCGGGUAGUUCCAUCGGAAAAUGCAUUCAAUGCACCGCGGCUUGCACUGCUGAAAGAAUUCAACUGGACAAGAAUCGGAACUAUAUAUCAGAACGAACCGAGAUAUUCGCUGCCUCACAAUCACAUGGUGGCCGAUCUGGACGCGAUGGGGCUGGAUGUUGUAGAGACGCAAAGUUUUGUUUACGACGUGGAAGAAUCGCUACGCAAGCUUCGCGAAAAGGACGUCCGGAUCAUUUUGGGGAAUUUCAACGAGUACUGGGCUAGGAAGGUAUUCUGCGAAGCGUACAAGCUGGACAUGUAUGGCCGAUCGUACCAGUGGCUCAUCAUGGGAACCUACACCAAUGAAUGGUGGGCAGAGAACGAUACCGACUGCCUGGUCGAUCAAGUGCGAAUGGCUCUGGAGUCGUCGAUGUUGGUGGAUUUGUUACCGUUGUCAACCAGUGGGGAUAUCACGAUAUCCGGAAUCACUGCAGAUGAAUACCUGACUGAAUAUAAUAGUCGUCGAGGCAAUGAGUAUUCUCGUUUUCAUGGUUAUACGUACGAUGGUAUAUGGGCAGUAGCCUGUGCGAUACAGUAUGUCUCCCAGCGGAAGGAACACUCACUGACGCAUUUUGAGUAUAGAGUGAAGGAAUGGGAAAACAUAUUCCUGGAAGCACUGAAGAAUACCAGUUUCGAAGGUGUUACGGGGCCGGUUCGUUUUUACAACAACGAAAGAAAGGCAAGCUUCCUUUUGAAACAGUUUCAGAAUGGCGAGGAAAUCAAGAUAGGCGAGUAUAGUUCGCUAACCAAUCGGUUAGAUCUGAGUCUUGGUCACCCAAUGAAAUGGGUAGGUCGAGCUCCACCGAAAGAUCGAACACUACGUAUCAUUGAGCACAGUCAAGUCAACAUUACGAUAUAUGUUGUGCUAGCAAGCUUCUCUUGCGUUGGAAUUGUAAUGGCUACGGUGUUUUUGAUAGUCAACAUUAAGUACAGAAAUCAGAGAUACAUCAAGAUGUCCAGUCCGCAUCUCAACAAUCUGAUCAUCAUUGGCUGCAUCUUGACCUACAUGAGUGUAAUUUUUCUCGGAUUAGACAGUGGACUGAGCAGCGUUGCCGCCUUUCCAUACAUCUGUACUGCUCGAGCCUGGCUGCUGAUGGCUGGCUUCAGCCUGGCGUUCGGCGCCAUGUUCUCAAAAACGUGGCGGGUUCAUUCAAUUUUCACGGAUUUGAAGCUAAACAAGAAAGUUAUCAAGGACUACCAACUCUUUAUCGUAGUGGGAGUGCUGCUGGCAAUUGAUUUGGCUAUUAUGACUACUUGGCAGAUUACCGAUCCAUUCUAUCGGGAAACGAAACACAUUGAACCUUCGGAGCAUCCCACUUUGGAAGAUGUUAUCAUCGUGCAGGAAAACGAAUACUGUCAAUCCAGCAAAAUGACAAUCUUCAUUGGAGUCAUCUACGCUUACAAGGGUUUGUUGCUGAUAUUUGGGGCGUUUCUAGCGUGGGAAACACGGCACGUAUCCAUUCCUGCCUUGAAUGAUUCGAAACACGUAGGGCUGUCCGUUUAUAAUUGCGUGAUCAUGUGCGUUAUGGGUGCCGCUAUUGCCUUAGUACUAUCGGAUCGCAAAGAUGCUGUAUUUAUUCUUAUAUCGCUGUUUAUCAUCUUCUGCACGACAGCUACGCUCUGUCUAGUGUUUGUGCCGAAGCUGGUAGAACUAAAGCGAAAUCCAAGUGGCGUUGUAGACAAAAAGGUACGAGCGACACUACGGCCUAUGUCCAAAAAUCGGCGGGACUCAUCUGCCUGUGAACUAGAACAACGAAUGCGUGACGUGAAGCAAACUAAUUGCCGUUUCCGAAAAGUGCUAAUGGAAAAGGAAGCUGAACUUCAAGCUCUCAUCAAGCGGCUAGGGCCUGACGCACGUGCCUGGAUCGGACUAGAAACUAGCUCAUCGGAGCCAGACGUGAAUAAGGAGUCUCUGAAAAUUCAAGUCAAGAAAGAUUACGCAAGCGAGGGUACCGAGUUUACUUCUGUGGGAAGCUUAGUUUCCAGUAAUGAUACAUUAGAUUCGGUACCACCAGAAAGAAAAAGGAAAACUACGGUUGUUCUGCCAGGAGAGGAACCACUAGCGAAACCAGUAACGGCAUCCAUCAGCCAUUCGGUAGCGAAAAGUAACUUAGUACAUACUACGCCUGUCGCGGUGGGAGCUAAUCCUUUAGCAACAUCUGCUGUGGCACAAACAAUAGCAUCUGUUGUUAGUCAAUCAGCAAUGGCGAAACCAUCAGCAACUUUAGCGAAUAAUGUUGGCAGCUGUACCAGCGUACCACAAGACCCAAGUAAACCAAUGUUCAACGAUGUACGUAGAGAGUCGGUAUCCAAUUCAAAAUGGUCACCAGGCCAAGUACAGCAAGAACAUCACGAGGAAGAGUGUAAUUAUCAAAACGUUACAAAAUCCAGCACUCAGAUCAAUUGCACGUCGGUUACAUCAUUGAACCAUUCAAGCAACGAGCUCAACCAAGUUUGCCACCAUAGUAAGCCGAGUGGUAAAAGCAGAGAUCCUGUGAAUGACCCUGUACGAAGAGUCAGUGUACAGGCCACUUCGUCGUUGAAAGGAAACUUUGUCGUUUCACAAAGUGAUCUCUGGGAUACGCAUACGUUAUCCCACGCCAAACAACAUCAGCGUCAAUCACCGCGAGGACAAUCGCGUUGUCCAGAUCACAGUCACCCACCGCAGCAGCAGCCGCCGCCCCAGCAACAACAAUCCGUGCAAUAUGAUCAUGAUCGAGAAAACAGUACGGCAUCGUCACCUGGUCCUAUUCAACGCAGCGUAUCGGAAAAGAACCGUAGCAAGCAUCGUCACAAACAGAAAUCCUCCACUUGUCAGAGCGAAACGGAUAGCGAGCGAGAACAGCGCGACUAUCAAAACUUCUCCUCAUCAGUGUGUUCGGCUGGCAACACUGGCACAGCAGUGGCAUCGACCACCGCAAAUGGUGUAGCACCGAUGAAAAUCACCUCACGAAAACUAUCGAAAUCUCAGCACUCCCAUCACCAUUCAACCCCAAAUGUGGCUCCAGAGAAGAAACCCAGCGUUAGCUCCACUGGCAGCACUCACAUUCGACACCGUAAAAAAGAAUCCAGCUCGAAACCAAACUUAUACGGCGCCUGCUCCGAAUCGGAGCUCCUUGAUGGAGAUACGGCCAUUCUGCCGAUUUUCAGAAAACUGCUAAACGAAAAGGACUCUAAGUAUAGGUCUAGGAACACAGUAGGUGCCAGCUGUCCCAAUAUAUCGAUUAAAUGUGAUAUUGUUGAAUAUCUGUAA